AUGUUGCAGCCUUUUACAUCCCAUGAGAACUAUGACAAGUACAUCCAGCGUAUCGUACAAGGGGAGUCUGAUGUGAUGUUUCCAGGACAACCUGACUACUUUGCUGUGACUUCCGGGACUUCUUCGGGGAAAAGUAGGCCAUAUCCCAGACAACUCGUGUCAGAUUUGCAGAGGCUAAUGAUUCACAAUGUCCACACAAAGAGGAAGCUGUUGGAUGUAGCCAACGUUGGCAAACUCAAGUUCUGGCUAGACGUGAGGGCGGCAGCGAUUUUCACGCGAACACCAAGUGGUGUCAGGCGAGGUCCUCUAAGUGCAGCUGGGGCCUUCAUCUGUCCCUUUAGACCAUCACCUGAUGCUGCGUAUGAAAUAAGACAGGAGCAGGCAUCCUUGUAUGUCCAUGCAUUGUUCGGUCUGACGUGUAAAGACGUCACCUUGCUAAGCUGCCUCACAGCACCAACAGCCUUGAACUUCUUCAGGGUCAUCGAGACACGGUGGGAAGCCAUGUGUGAUGAUAUAGAACAUGGAAACAUCUGCAAGUGUCCUGGUCUGCAGGACGAUGUGAGGAUCAAGCUUCAGAAGCAUCUGACUGCUGAUGCAGAGAGAGCUGGUGAACUGAGAUGUAUCUUCAAGGAAGGCUUCCACAAUAUUGGACCACGAGUCUGGCCAUGUUUGUCAGUGGUACACACAGCGGCAUCUGGAACCUACAUUCCAGCGGUGAACAUUCUGAGACAGAAGUACCUAGUGGACAUCCCAAUAACCUCCAGCAAACACAUGGCGUCCGAGGGGUUGUAUGGCGCCAACAUGAACAUUAUAGACCAGAUGAAGACGGAGUACACCAUCCUCCCUGAUCAUAUGUUUUACGAAUUCAUCCAUGAAGUUGAUGUUGAUCAGGAUAAUCCACAGUCGUUGCUGGCUCAUGAGGUGGACAUUGGGCAGAGUUAUGAGAUGGUCAUCACCAACUGGUCAGGACUGUACAGAUAUCGGACAGGAGAUAUCAUCCGUGUUACCAGCUUCACUGGUCAGGCGCCAAACUAUGUUUUACAACAACGGAAAGGAGACGGGUACGGCAUGUAUCCAGAGUUCCUGUUCACUGAGGCUGUUUCGAAAGCUUCCAGAACGUGGACGUCUGGGACGAUGUUCAACUACAUGGCUGUCGGCAACUUCAUCGUUGAGGAACUGACAGGCGAAAUAUCUACGACAGCGCAUGUGUAUGUCUUCAUAGAAAUGCUUGGUGAUGGAGCUUUGACCGAUCGGGAAAAACAUAUGAUCGACGAGAGUCUUCAAGAAACCCAGGAUGGGUACAAAUGGUUACGUUGCCAUGGGAACUAUGCCCCUGCUGUCGUCGUUCAAGUGAGACCUGGGACGUUGGAGGAAGUGAAGAAGAUUUACAUGAAGCUAAACCCCGACCUUCACGCCCAACAGUUCAAGUACCCAAAGUUUAUCAAGCACAAGGACGUUGUAGCUUGUCUGCUCUCCCACAGACUGAAGUCUACCAGUUGA